AUGAUUUUAAGAAGACUACAAAAGCCCUUAGCAUCCUGCCGAUACAUGUACAUUUUUUCCCUAAUUAACCUAUUCAAAUCAGCAUCAAGUGCCCUGACAAAACCCACGUAUGCGUACAUUCACAACUGCAGUAAUAUCAUAUCACAGCUCCCCAAAAGAACAAAUAAACUAAUUUUAAGCAAUUGUUCGAGCAAGGAAAAUUAUAAUGCUUUUGUAUGCAAAUCUUAUAAGAAAUAUAAAAUGAAUAAAAAAUUCUCGAGUUCCAUAAAUAUGAAUAAGAGUAAAGAAAAUGAAAAUAUUCUAAAAGAUAAUAAUAACGUCACUGCAUUUCAUAAAAACACCAGUGACGUUAAGAAUUUUGGGAACUUUAACCAAAGCAGCAGGAGUUCCGCCUUCGGCAAACGAUACAGCUAUGGCAGUAAGAGCAACAGUAAGGUAUCUUCCGGCACUUAUGUUGGUGGAGGCGUUUGUGUUAGUGGGGUAGGAGGUGAUGGCGACGGCAGGGGAGGUGGAGGUAGUAGGUACACCAGUAGCCACACCUAUUCGGGGAAUCACUCAAGUCAUCAUCCAAACCAGAUCAACAGAGAAACGGCGACCAAAAAUGAAGAUGCCACCUACUCCUUAAACGAAACGAAGUCAAACACAAAUUCGAAUUAUAUGAAUUCGAGCAUGAAGGAAAAGAAAGGAGGAGGGUACCCCAUGAACAGUAAUGAUCCCAACAUACCACCUGUCAACGAGAGCAGUAAAAUCAUUCAGCACAACACCAAAAUGAGUAGUUUCAAUAAGGAUAAUAUGUUGCGCAAAGGCGUAAAGGACGAAGGUAUGUACCGCCACAGUGGCUUAGGGCCCAACAGCAGUGGCAACAAAGUGAUAGACAGCGUGGAUAAUGCCAGAAGCGGCAUGACUAACAACAGUGGAAACGCAGCAGAUGGAAAUGCGGCGAGUGGAAAUAUAGCCGGUGGAAAUGCAUCGGGCGGUAUUUAUCAAGAGAAUAAUGAGUUGAAAAGCACGAGCUACAAAAAUACAAAAGACAGCGCAAGCGGAAGCGGAAAUAACAGGAACAACAGCAUGAGCGAGAAAAAAACGAACAUAGAAGGCAUAAGCAGCACGAACUUAAAGGGCAACGAACGAUUUAUCCACCUGAACGAGAGCCGUGCCAGCAACACAAAGUACAAUGCGAAGAAUCCAUUUAUCUCAAAUAAGAAAAAUAUUUCUACGUAUAACACAAAUUUGAGCAACGCGAACAGUAGCAACCUUAAGAGAGGUGGUGAAAAUGUCUCUUAUGCACAGAACAAUUUCAAGAGAGAAACAUCAGAUAAUAUAUUGAAUAGUAAUCUAAACAUGGCAGAGCUAAAUAAAAAUGAUGGGGUUGUCAUUGAUCCCAAUAUGAACAGCAUUGACAUGAGCAAUAAACUGAGCGCAAGGGAUUCUUACGGAAAAGGGGACGGUGCCAACAAUGAUGCAAACGUCGGCACGGAUACCGGAAAUAGCAACCGAACUGGCAAUUCGCGGGGCGGCAAUGGUCGAAGUGGUAACGGGCGCAGCGGCAACCGUCGGAGCUCUAAGAGUCAUAGAGGGGGCCGCAGAAGACACAACAACUCGGGUUGGAAUAAUCCAGUCGCGGAUAAUGCAGAUGUGAAUAAUGUAGGUGGAAACAACACAAGCGGGAAUAACGUUGGUGUAAAUAACCCUAGUGAAAGUACGCCCAACGGGAACAGCGGCACCGGUCGCAGCGGCAAGCGGGGAAGCAGACGAGGCGGCAACAGGAACAGGAGAAACAGCAACAGCAACUCGGGCGCGUUCAAUUCCCUCAACAUGAUGAAAAACGGAGAAGAAAAAAUGAAUGAAAUUUUUGACAAUUCAAUGCCAGGAAAAGAUUACAUGCAGCAAAAUGCAAAUAAUUUAAGGGGCAUGACAGAGAAUCAGCCCGCGCAUGGCAGCAGGAGCAGAAAUAGCAAGAUGGUGUCCUAUGGCUCGAACACAGUCAAAGGAGGAGGCCACAUGAGCAACGUCGGCAUAAAGGGCGUGCAGAAUAUGCAGAUCAUGCAAAGUAUGCAAAAUAUGCAAAACAUGGCAAACAUGCCAAGUAUGCACAGCGAGAAGAUACUCGAGAACGGAAACAGAAGUUCAAGAGAAAAUGAAAAAGCCAUCCCCGGUGCAAUGAUGAAGAACACCAGGAACAUGUCCUACGACAACAAGGGGAACAGCUACAUGAAGGACGCAAACCAGGCGAAUGCAGACGAGGCGAAGAAGAGGGACCCUUACGCGAAUUACUCCUCCAAUAGCUUGAGAACGAUGAGCCAAAUGAAUACCAUGAACAGCGUCGGCAGCAUGAGCGGCACAAAUCAGAUCAGCGGUGCAAACAACCCUAUGGAUGACCACUACAGCGGAAGCAAGCAAAGCUGCAAUGUGAGCGCCUCCACGCCCUUCGAAAACAUGGAGGCAGAUGCAUUUCUCUUUCACGACUUCAACGAAUUCGUGACGUACAUGUAUAAGGAUGAAAACAUUUUAACCCUUUUCUAUAUACGAAAAAAUUACCUCAAAGCAGAGUCGCGCGAAGAAUUUGUAACCGAAAAUGAUAAAAUAAAAUAUUCAAUCAUAUGGUCCUUUCCUAGUGAUGAAAAAAUUACCGUUACGGGGACGCACAGCACAAAGAAGUUAAGCAAAAAGGUAUGCGUGAAGAAAAUUUUACAAAAGUUAAAAAACAUCUCAGUCUUAGAGAUAGACCAAAUGACCAAAUGGAUGAUUAACAGCUUAAAUGUGGUUCUCAAGGUGCAGCAUAAGAAUAUGGAAACCAAAAUGAACAAUAAUAACAUGUAUUGCACCAGCAUAGAAUGGAAAAUCAACAACAAAAUGUAUCACUCCAUGGGGAUACAUGUGCAUGAGAAAAUUGCCGAAAUCAUCGCAACACAGAACCUGUACAUGAUUCUGUAUGACAUCAAGGAUCAGUUGAUUAAAGAAAUGGAGAGUGGCAAAAUGAGUAGCCAACAGGGCGCCGCAGGUGGCAUGAAUAGCGGCAAGGCGUACGAAAACAGCCUCUUCGACAAAAUGAUGAAUAACAGCAAUAACAGAGGCUACAACGAUCAUGUUGCCAAUAAAAUGGGAGGCACAUACGAAUACGGUAAAGGACAAAUGAUGCAGAAUAAAAAUAUGAUGGAGGUUGCGGCUCUUUACAAAAGUGGGAACCCCUCCAAUAAAGAUUUCAAUGCACAUGGCAUGAAUAAUUGCAACACGUAUUAUAAUCCAAAUGAUGGGAUGCCGAAACCGCAGUGUGGUGACAAUGCAAUGAUGCACUCCGUACAAGGCGGGGUUGUCAUGAGCGGUGCUGUUGGUGGUGUGACCAAUAUGAACCCAUGCGCCAUAGGUGGAAACAAUGUGGAGUUAGCAAACGCAGGCCAAAUUGACGGAAACAACCUUAACAUGAACCUUAUGAACUACCCAAAUGGAAACAACAUGGGUAUGCCCAUUAUGAACGACAAAAAUAUUGGACCAGGCGUAGGAGCACUCCACAUGAAUGGGUUGAAUAACCCCGGAAUCGUACCUCCAGCACCGGUCAUAACGGACCCAACAGACCUUAUCGCCUACAAUUUAACGAAACAGGACUCUGGGAGCAUCCAAAUGCUAAGAAACAACAUUGCCUCAAGGUACAAAGUGCACCAGACGGAAAACUUCGAGCAGGUGUAUAAUUUGUUCAAGUGUACACUCGAGUGGGAGUGGAAAAAUGGAAAGAUAGCCUGCAAAACGAAAAGUGUCGGUUAUGGUACCACCAAGAAUUUGGCCAAGUGCGAAGCAGCCUACGACAUGUUAGUGAAAAAUAACCUUAUAGAGUACAUAUCAUCCACCGAUAGGAAGAACGCGCAUUAUAUAAAAGAUUUAAUACAGAAGGAUGUGAACAAAGCCAUGAAGCUAGCCAUUCAGUUUAUCAUGCAGUAUAGCAGUAACGCGUGGUCGAUUUUUCUAGUUUAUCUUUUGAGGGAGUUGCUCAUAGAUGGCAAUUACGACCACAUCAAUAGGCUUCUCACCACCGUAGUGGAAGUCAGUAAAGAGGGAAGAAUCGAAGCCGAUAAAAUCAACGAGAGUAACAGUGCCAAUGCUGGUGGGGGAAGUGGCACAAACACGGGCAGAAUGGAUGGCAGUAAUUCGCACCGAUCGACUAGAAUGAAUAACGGCGGUCAGAAUCACGGCAUGUACAGCAACAAUGCAGAUGGAGAAAACUACGUAGACAGCUCAAGCAGCCUAUUCUUCUGCAACCCCUACAUUAAGAACCGAAGUGACAAUAGCAAUUAUGUGCAUAAGCUAGUGUCCAUAGAUUUGUGGGAAAAAUUAAUCGACGAGUGUGUCGUUGUUUUAAAUGACAAACUGUGCUUCCACUGCAUAACCCUGUUGAAGGAAGUAGAGCUGGAUUAUUCCAUAUUUAUUUCCAAGUGUGCCCAUGAUUAUUACAAGAAGUAUAGAAUUAUGUUAGCCCUAGAGUUGCAAGCCAAUCUGUCACAGAGUAUUCAGGAGAAAAGAGAUUUCGAAUAUCUGCAUGAAAAUAAAUCGUUACUGUUAAAGGUAAAAAGUGCAACUAUGCCCAUUCUGUCCUUCACCUGUACCUUAACAUUGGAAGAAAAGGAAUGGAUGAAGUCUACACAAAUGAGGGAAGACGACAUUGUUUUACUAAAACCGUGUGACCUGAUGCUCACGGAUGAAGAUGCCUGGUCCAGCAGCCUCAUCGGUACCAUUACAAGCACAAAGAGUGACAACACUGUUUACAACAUCAACGUUAGGAUAUUCUCUGCUGAAAAUACCAGAAAGGCAAAUGUCAAGUAUAGCAAGUAUAAGCUCUUUCUACUAUUGAACAUUGUGACUCAUGAAAGAAUGCUGCAAGCCCUGAGGGGCAUAACCUUUAUAAGUUCCAUUCCGACAACGAAUCAAUCGCCCUAUGUUUUCACCCCAGAAAUUCGCUUCCUCAUACUGCACUCGUACAAUAAGUAUUCAAAGCACAUUGCGCAGACGGGGAAAUUGAACCACGAAAUUGCAGAAUAUGAAAAGAUCAAGAUUGAUUCCCUCAACCAUGACUCGUCCAAAAAUAAUACCCAAGAAGAUUUACUAACCCAGUACAGUGGGCAAGCAAAGAACCCCUAUGGAGAUUUACUGAACGAUGCACUGAACAGACAAAUUGGAAAAACACACACAGAUGAUAUUGAUCAGUAUUUAGUCGAAUCUAUCAAUUUGCCAACCAAUUUGCCGCUAAACGAUUCGCAAAAAUUAGCAUGCCUUAGUGCUCUGACCAGAAGGCUAACCCUUGUGCAAGGACCCCCCGGUACAGGAAAAACCCACGUUGCUUGCGCGAUUAUUGACAGCUGGCACAGGCAAAAUAGUAACAAAAAGAUACUGGCCGUGGCAGACUCCAACGUCGCAGCUAAUAACCUCGUGGAAGGACUCAAAAAGAGGAAUAUCCAAGCUGUUAGAGUGGGAGCUGGAAGUGACAGCGAUUUCCACGAAGAAGCCAUUAUGGACUUCCAUCGAUAUAAGGAUCUCCUAAAGUUGAGAAAAAACAAUUUACAAAAAGAAGCCAAAGUUAUGAAAGCCCUAUUAUUCCUUGAAGCGGUGAAAAAGUACAACGUCGUCAUAGCCACCUGUGUCGGUUCAGGACAUGAAAUAUUUGACAAUGAAAAAUUCGAAAGAGUCAUUAUUGAUGAAUGUGCACAGUCGAUUGAGCCUUCGAAUCUUAUUCCGCUGGGGCACAAUUGCAACAAUUUGGUCUUAAUCGGAGAUCACAAGCAAUUACCACCAACCAUCAUUUCUUCAGACGCUACCAAAUUAGGGUUAGAUCGAUCCCUGCUGGAACGAUUUGUCUUGGCCAAAAUCGCUCCCGUUCAUCUGCUAACCACUCAAAGACGUAUGCAUCUAAGUAUUUGUACAUUUCCAAACAUCCAUUUUUAUGAUAACAAAUUGAAGACUGAAAAUGUCACCGAGGAGAAUCGACCAAUUAUUAAGGGAUUCUUGUGGCCGAACCCGAAAUGCAGAUUAGCAUUCAUAGAUGUCUCUCUCGGAAAGCCAGGAAGCAAGUUUGAAAAUGCUUACGGUACUUCCAAGUUUAAUUUGUACGAAAUUGAGCCCCUAAUAUCUGUGCUAAAAUCGAUUGUAAAUGAGGGUUGCGUAUCCGUCGACGAAAUAGGCAUUUUAACAGCGUAUGAUGCGCAGAAAAUCAAGUUGAAGAAAGCGGUCCAAGAUGCGUUCCCCUAUGAAGCAGCAUGUCGAAUAGAAAUUGACUCCAUCGAUGGAUUUCAAGGAAAGGAAAAAGAUUUGAUUUUAUUUUCUGCGGUUAGAUCAAAUGCAAAUAACGAAUUAGGAUUUUUAAAAGAUGCCAGAAGAUUGAAUGUCAUGUUGACAAGAGCUAAAAGAGGAGUGAUCCUAUUUGGAGAUCAGUUCACCCUUGCUAAUGAUCCCGAAAACUGGUUACCCUGGCUCAACUGGAUUUCAUCCAAAAGGGCAGUCGUACACAUCACCAAACUGAAUGAGCACCUAGAAAAUGCAGAUUAUUCCCUUAUAGAUAAACUGAACAAAAUAAACAAGACUGUUAAUUUGAAAAACGUAAGCAUAUCGGAUAAUUAUUUCUUAUACGGAAAUGAUACCGGAUUUUCGAAUGACUACAAUGAGCCGCAGAUCUAUAAUCAGAACGAAGAACCCAACUUCACCGUCGGUUUGAAUGACACCAAGGAAGAAGUAGAGCCAGUCGAAGAGAUUGUUGAAAACUGGGAAGAUUUACUCUGA